AGAGCCGCAAUCCGCCCUGCUCUGCAUUUCCCCCUUUGCCGGCAAGUAGGAUUUCCUUCAUGGGGAAAUGCUCUUUGGUGUAGUAACAAGUUUGAAAACCAGCACACUGUUCCCAGCUUCCUGUUGUAAUAGAUUUGGCGAGUCAAUGACCACAGCAGGUGCCAGAUCAGGAAUGGAAGAGUAUCUGUCCACAGGACGGUUUUAUUCUCACUGAGGCCUCCACCGUUCACGCCCCAAAGCCCGGCCUCUCCUGGCACCUCAGUGUCCCGACAGCUGCGAAGGAAGGGUUCGCACGAAGUGGGAAGACACCCCUCCUCGUGGGACUCCGAGGGCAGCAGUCUGAGCAGGAGAUCGCUCUCCCACGUCCGCUCCCGGCCGAGAAGGUGGGGGUGUUCGCAGGGCCCUGGCUCCUGAGAAAGGCUUUGUCUCCAGGCCGCCCACCAGGCACGCACUGACUUGGCAAACCCCUCCAAGCACAUCUUCUUGGCGGCUCUGGGUGACACUCUUCCUCAUGUGGAAACCCUGUCAUCACAAAUCACUAUCCUUUUUCUUCUCCAGAAGCUCCUUUCCCAGCGCCCGAGCUCUUGGCUUUGCUGCUUGUUUCGCCCCCACCCUCCAGGCACAGCCCCUCAUCCUUCCGCGCCCAGGACACCCCUCGCUGCCCGCCCCCCCGCCCGCAGCGUGUGCCUCCGUGACGCCCCUCACCUGUCUGAGCAUCGGCUACAGGCCCUUCCCCAGCCCGGCCUCAGCCCCCCGGAGCGGAGACUCGACCGCACGGUCCCUGGGCCUGUGGGCUCUUCCCUGCGAGCACACGGGGAUGAGAGGCAGCACCCGGGGCUGGGGCUCCUGCGCCCCGGCUCCCCCCCAGAACGUGGCAUCCCCACCAGUUCAGAGCAGCCACGAGAAGACGAGAAGACGAGAGGCCGGAGUGCACACGGACAGAGUCCGGCUGGCUUUGUCCUCACGUCCUCCAGCCCGAUCCCUCCCCCGCAGCGCUGCUGAGACCCGCGGGCACACACGUGAGCGGCCCAUGCGACAGCGCGGAUCCGCGGCCACCGUCUCUCCGGAGAAAGGUCAGAAGGCGGAGGCGGAAGACAAUGAAGGGACAAGGAAGGAACGUGGGCGCGUCUGUCUACAAAGUUAUCUUAACUCGUGCACAGCCUUUUUAGCAUCUCCUUGCUGCCAUGGCCCGGGGGGCUGUAGAAACGCCUUCUGGAACCUCCCCUCCCCCGCUGCGCCCCACUGCCCCGAAGUGUGCACACCCCUCGCAGUCCUGUAUUGAUAGGCUGUAUGGAUCGAUGGCCGCCUAAAGGAAUGAACUGCCCAGUUGUCCAGGGUAGCAGACAAAACUUGAACCCACUUGAACUUGGAGGAAGGAGUCGGAGGGAAGCGGUGAAGAGGUACAGCUGUGUUCUGGAAGCAGGUGGCAGCCGGUGAGACCAAGAGGCUGCUGCUCUCAGACCUCCUUCCUGGACUUGGAAGAGCCCAGGGCGCCUGCCUCUUCCUGGACCCCCACCCAGCGCCUUCGGCUAGAGGCGAGUCAGCGAGUCUGUGUCUCCGUUUCCUCUGCUGCGGAUCACACCUUUCCUAUGCCAGAGGUCCGCACAGGGCACUGAGGGCAUAACUGCUCGCGAGCCCCUCAAUAAACCGCAACUACUAUUAACAUCUCUUGUAGUAUUUGCUUGGAGUAGGGAAGCGGGGCUCGGGUUGCCGCUGUUUUCCAGUGUUCCCAUGCUCGGUGACAACUGCAAAUAUUUUGUUUUAGGCCACGGCUUUGUGCCAGUAUUUGGAGGAACAUACAG